UCUCUAGGUAAAGUGCAGCAAAUGAUUGUAAAUUCUGUUUGAGUGAAACGCCUUAUUUAUCUUUAUUGGUAGGGUCUUUGGUGUCAAAACUUAGAAGAUUAAUGGAUUACAUUGUUAAUGACUUAAGGCGUCAGAUUUGGGUUCUUAAAUGAUUUGUGAGGCUUAGAACGCCUUUCUGGUAGAAACAAUGCAAAGGGACAGGAGUUACAAGCAGGGGCAGGCAAGAGAAACCAAACAACACACAAAUAUAAAAUAUAUAUAUUUCAUAAGGUUCUACAUUCUCCUGCAUGUAAAUAAAACCUUGCUGGCUUACAAUGAGGCGUUCCUUCAAGACUUUUUUUUUUUUCUGGAUCAAUCACACAGACAGUGGCUUCUUUUGAUUAAACCCCAAAUUGUCAUUGGGCAGGAGCAAUCAUGUGACAGCCAAUUCGGUCCAAUUUCAACCUUGUCUCCAUGAAUUCAAUAGUUUAAUAGUAGCACAGUCCCCAUACGGCUGUAAUCAGUGAAUUAGAAAAAAAAACUGCAAAGGAUUUUUAUGAUUUUUUUUUUUUACUUCAUUGUUGCAGGGCCUUUAAACCUAAAAGUAGGGGCUAACUUUUUUAAAAAGGCUUUGAGGAGAGGGCCAUGAAUUACGAAUUUGAGCGAGAGAUUGGUUUUAUCAAUAGUCAGCCGUCGCUUGCUGAGUGUCUGACAUCUUUCCCCCCUGUCGGUGAUACAUUUCAAAGUUCAUCAAUCAAGAAUUCUACGCUUGCACACCCGACACAUAUUCCUCCUCCUUUUGAGCAGACCAUACCCAGCUUGAAUCCAAGCAGCCACCCUCGCCACAGCCGACCCAAACAGAGCCCAAAUGGGAGCAGUGGUAGCCCAGUGCCAGCAGGAUCCCUGCCUCCGGAGUACCCCUGGAUGAAGGAAAAAAAAGCCUCCAAAAAGCUUCCUUUGCCUCCAGUCUCUGCUGUCCCCACCAACACUGCAGCAUGCCUCAGCCACAAAGAAAUCAUUGAAAUUCAGGACAACAGCAGCUCAGGAUCCAGGAGACUGAGGACAGCUUACACUAACACUCAGCUUCUAGAGUUAGAAAAGGAAUUUCAUUUCAACAAGUAUCUGUGCAGACCAAGGCGAGUAGAGAUUGCUGCUUUGCUGGAUUUAACCGAGAGGCAAGUAAAAGUCUGGUUUCAAAACAGGAGAAUGAAGCACAAAAGACAGACCCAGUGUAAGGAGAAUCAGAAUGGAGAGGGGAAAUUUAAAAACCUGGAAGACUCUGAAAAGAGUGAAGAUGAUAAGGAAAAGUCUCUGUUUGAGCAAGCCCUGAAUAAUGUCUCUGGAGCUUUGCUAGAAAGGGAAGGGUACAGUUUUCAGCAAAAUGCUCUGUCCCAGCAGCAGGGUCAGAACUCACAUAAUGGAGAUUCUCAAAGUUUCCCAGUUUCCCCACUAUCCAGCAAUGACAAAAAUCUGAGACAUUUUCAACAUCAAUCACCCACUGUUCCUAACUCUUUAUCAACAAUGGUACCAGAGUGUGCAGCUGGGCUCAGCAACGACAGCCCAGAUACCUUAGAUGAUGUUGCAUCUCUCACCGACUUCAAUGUAUUUUCCACAGAUUCCUGCUUACAGCUUUCAGACACAGUAUCUCCCAGUUUACCAGGAUCUCUCGAUAGUCCAGUAGACAUUUCUGCAGACAGUUUUGAUUUUUUCACAGAUACAUUUACCACAAUCGACUUGCAACACCUCAAUUACUGAAACAUCCUAAGAUUAAACUGUAUUAUCCCCCC